AUGGAGAAUAACCAAUUCUUCUUUGUGGUGGUUUAUCCCAAUGGGAUAGUCAGACACGCUGAUGAAGGAGUGAUUUUUGAAUCUGACAAGAUUGUCAUGUUGCGCACUUACUGGGUUGAUAGCAUGGAUGCGCUAAACACAAUCUUGCUUAGCAAUAUGGGGGGAGUAGGAACAAAAGAGGUUGGGCAGGUUGCAUAUAGAUUUCUGAAUGUGCUUCCGAACGGUGGAUUUACCAACUGGUUAUUUUGGAUUGAUGGGGAUCAGCAUGUGAGGAUAAUGUUCAACGUACAUGCACGGCUGAUCCCACAACAUGUGAUGGAGUUGUAUGCUGCAAUCCGUAACGUAGUUGUUAGUGGUGGGCUGUCUCUUUCGACUCCUAAAGUUAUGCCGCUCAAGGCGGUACCGAUCCACUAUGCCCAGCCUUAUGGUAGUGCAGACGAGGACAACAGUAAGGGUGAUUCAACCUAUGUUGCCGGGUCCAGGUCAUCAAGCGAUACAGCGUCCGAAGAUGAGUUUGUACCAGAGACUCCCAGCGGUGGUGUUGGUAGGUUUCUGCUGCCUCCCCCUUUGGCCAUUCCUCGACUAUCAGAUGGUCCUAGCCAUUAUCAGACGUUGAACUUGGAUGCAAUGCAGGCGGACAAUCUUUUGAACCCUGGAAACGGGGAGGAUUACAACACGAAUGGUGGGGUGGAAUUCCAAGUUGGGCAUCGGUUCAGGAACCGAGAAGCAAUUCUAAUGGCGGUGAAGAACUAUAGUAUUCGACGGAAUGCGAGGUACAGAGUUCUGGAGUCAGAUAGGCUUAAAUAUCACUGUUGA